AUGGGGAACUACAAAACGUUGGGUAUUCCAAAAGGUGCCAAUGAAGAGGAGAUUAAGAAAGCAUACCGCCGCAUGGCAUUGCGCUUUCACCCAGACAAGAACACAGACGCAAAUGCAGAGGAUAAGUUCAAGGAAAUUGCUGAGGCCUAUGAAGUACUCAGUGAUCCUAAGAAAAGGGUGGUCUAUGAUCAGCUGGGAGAGGAAGGUUUGAAAACAGGUGGAAAUAGCUCUUCGGGUGCUCCUGGGAGUUCGUCAUAUCACUAUACGUUCCAUGGAGAUCCCCAUGCCACAUUUGCUUCCUUCUUUGGAGGCUCAAACCCCUUUGACAUGUUUUUUAGCUCAAGCCGUAACCACAACCGCUCUAAUGGUUUCUCCUUCCAUAAUGACCACAACAAUGAUGUGGACCAGGACAUGGACAUUGAGGACGAAGACCCCUUCAGCCAUUUUGGGAGACAGUUUGGUUUUCCUGGAGGCAUGAAGAAUGGUUUUCCUGGAGAGGGCCGACGCAGGAAGGGUGUCCCUUCAGAAAGACUCGGAGCGAAUCAAAAACACCAAGAUCCUCCUGUGGUCCAUGAACUGAAGGUCUCGCUGGAAGAGAUCUUCCAUGGAUGCACCAAGAGGAUGAAAAUCACACGCCGUAGACUGAAUCCAGACGGCAGGAGCAUGAGGACCGAAGACAAGAUCCUUAACAUUGUCAUAAAGAAAGGCUGGAAGGAAGGCACCAAGAUCACCUUUCCAAAAGAGGGGGAUGAAACCCCCGAGAACAUUCCUGCGGACAUAGCCUUUGUGCUCAAAGACAAGGGACACGUCCACUUUAAGAGAGACGGCUCAAACAUUGUCUACAAUUGCAAGAUAAGUCUAAAGGAGGCGUUGUGUGGCUGCACCGUGAGCAUUCCCACUCUGGAAAACCGCGUAAUCUCACUUCCAUGUCAUGACAUCAUCCGGCCCAUGACAGUCAAGCGGCUCAGGGGAGAAGCUUGUACCAUGAGUGGGUUUGUAGUGCUUUCCACGGGGUCCCACAUGCCCAUGGUUGGACUUGGCACCUGGAAAAGUGCUCCUGGACAGGUGAAACAGGCAGUGCUGACAGCCUUGGACUGUGGAUAUAGACAUAUUGACUGUGCUGCUGCAUAUGGCAAUGAACAAGAAGUGGGGGAGGCUCUGGCGCUGCGGAUUGGCCCAGGGAAGGCGCUUCGUCGCGAGGAGGUUUUUGUGACAUCUAAACUGUGGAAUACAAAGCAUGAGCCAGAGGAUGUGGAGACAGCCUGUCAGACCACCCUCACUGACCUGGGGUUAUCUUAUUUAGACUUGUACCUCAUGCACUGGCCAAUGGCCUUCCAGCGAGGUGCAGAGAUGAUGCCCCGGCGCGAGGAUGGCAGUGUGCGUUAUUCAGACACGCACUACACAGACACUUGGAAAGCCAUGGAGUGCUUGGUAGAUGAGGGGCUGGUCAAGGCUAUAGGGGUGUCCAACUUCAAUGCCAGACAGAUCAAUGACAUUUUAAGCAUGGCCAAACAUAAACCGGUUGUUAAUCAGGUGGAGUGUCACCCUUACCUGUCUCAACAAGCGCUUAUAGCUCAUUGUCGGGCACUAGGGGUAUGCAUGACUGCCUACAGCCCGCUGGGUAGUGGAGACAGGCCGUGGGCUUCUCCAAAUGAACCAGCUCUGUUGGAGGAUUCUGGACUUCGGGUUAUAGCCGAGCGAUACGAUAAAACACCAGCACAAAUUAUCCUUAGGUGGCACGUUCAAAGAGGAGUGACAUGCAUCCCCAAAAGUGUGACACCAUCCAGGAUUCAACAAAAUCUGCAGGUGUUUGACUUCAGCUUAUCAGAAGAGGACAUUGCGCAAAUAAACUCCUUAAACCGCAAUGACAGAUUCAUUGUUCCAGCUGUUGAUAGAGGGCGAGAGAGAGUGUGGAGAGACGCAGAACAUCCCCAUUUUCCCUUUCAUGAUCCUUACUAA